AAAGUCCUCAAAAGUGACCCAACACUUUCUUCUGCGCACUUCUUCUUCCCCAGCGACCUUCUUUGCGCAUUACUUCCCAGCGAACAGAGCAUCUUCCUGUGUCAAAGCGUCGGCCUUGCCUCCGCCUAGCCUCUGCCUCACCCUUGCUUUCGCCUCCACCUCCAUGUCGAUGGGCAAAGUCGCUGCUCUGCGCAAUCACCCGACAACAAUGACAACAUCGCUGCUCCGCGCCUCUCCAUUAUGCGGCUAUUCCUCUCCUUUGCUGGCCGUGACGACCACAGUGGCUAGGUUUUCAAGUCGUUGCUCGAUUUAUUUGCAUCCGGCUAUCCAUGGUGUUGCUGGAUCUGGACAACGACGAGUUCAUUUUGUUCUUCACAGAUUCCAGAUCUUGGUCUGUGUUUCACCGAUUUGUGGUCGAAUUAAUGGUGUUCUGGGUUGUUAGUUGGACGGCGGUGCGGCUGUAAAUUGGUGAGGAAGUGAAUACUGGCAGAUUCUAAUUUUGGUAGAUUUUUUAUUUUCUGCAAAUUUUUGAAGCCAGGGAGAUGCUUAUGCGGCAACUUCAAGGUAAGAAAAAAACAGAGUCUCUGCCUACAAAUGAACUUGAGACCAUGGAAAAACCUUCAGAUGGGGAAAACCAACUAACUGCCUGUGGGGAUGGGGAUGGGGAUGAGGGGUAUGGGGAUGGGCGGUCUAAGGAGAGAUGUGAGUGGUGGUGGUGGGGUGGCAGUGCUGGCACGGAGGGGUGGUUGAUGGCGGUGUUGGAUGGUCAAUAUUUUGCCGGAAAAAGUUACCGGAAAAUUUUCCGGCGAUCAUAGUGACAUUUUUACGGCAUCAGUGACAUCAGAAGUGGCGACAGUGACACAGGCGGUAGUGGCAGUGACAUGAGCGGUGGCGAUAGUGACAUGGACGAUGGUGGCAGUGACAUUCGAUAGUGACAUAAAUUCAGUAGUGACAUCAUGUUUUUUAAAUAUAUGAUCUUCUACUCACUUUGUUGUCCUUUUGUAAAAGUGGUCGCAUUUUUAAAAAUUUACUUUAACAUAGUAAUAUUCAAGGCAAAAGCCCAUAUUUCCAAGGAUAAGGAAAUGUGAGACUGCCAAAGACGUAUGGGAUGAGUUAACAAAGAUUGGAACUGGGGAUGAACAAGAAAAGGACAACAAACUAACUAUUGCUCUCAAGAAGUUUGAAGAUUUCAGAAUGUUGUCAAAUGAAUCUAUCCAUGAAAUGGAGUCCAGAUUUCUUAAAAUUAUUGCAGAGGUCUCUGAUCUUGGGAAGACUCUCUCUCAAAAAGAAAUCUCUCUCAAAGUUUUAAGAGGACUACCAUCAAGAUGGGAUAUGAAGGUAACUGCCAUGAGAGAUAGCAGGGAUCUCAGAAGUCUUUCAACAGAUAAACUCUUUAGUGAUUUAAAAGCUUAUGAGUUUGAGAUGAAAGAAAUAAAGGAUGAAAAGGAGG